AUGGCGGACAAACGUCUUCAUGUUCUUCUUCACCCAACUUCGCUUCGACAACACGUUCAGCAGUGGUUAGCUGAAGAUACACCAAGCUUUGAUUAUGGAGGUUUCGUUGUGGGAGAAAGUGAAGAAACAGCAGUAUUGUUGUGCAAAUCUAGGGGUAUUUUAGCGGGAGUUCCUUUCUUCGACGCAAUAUUCCGUGAGUUGGGGUGCAAGGUGGAGUGGGUGUUCUCCGAAGGGGUGCAAGUUGAACCCACGACCACGGUGGCAAAGGUAACUGGGAGAGUUAACAAGAUUCUUCUGGGAGAAAGAGUAGCCUUAAAUUGUAUUACAAGAGCGAGUGGAAUUGCGACGAAGGCUAAGAGUUUGGUGAAACUUAAGGAAGACCAUAACUGGCACGGAGAAAUAGCGGGAACUCGGAAAACUACCCCGGGUUUUCGAAUCGUGGAAAAGUACGCACUUUUGGUCGGUGGUGUUUCCACCCAUCGAUAUGAUCUAUCCUCCAUGAUCAUGCUCAAAGAUAAUCACAUUUGGACUGCUGGGAGCGUCACACGUGCCGUACAAAACGCAAGAAAGGUGGGAGGUUUCUCAAUCAAAAUUGAAGUGGAAUGUCGAAGCAUCGAGGAGGCAAGAGAAGCUGCCAGUGCAGAAGCUGAUGUUGUUAUGCUGGAUAACUUUGAGCCUAAGGCUCUUCACAGAGCAGCUGAGGUCCUGAAGAAAGAAUUCCCGCAUUUACUGAUUGAGGGAAGUGGAGGCGUUACAAUAGAGAACAUCGCGCAAUAUUUUGGACCGCAUGUUGAUGUAAUUUCAAUGGGGUCUCUAACACAAGGUUACGGUACAGUCAAUUUUUCUCUGAAAAUUCUGAAGGAAGGACAUGAUCCGCACAAUCCACUUGUCAAAACUUUCUAA